CUACCAGGAAUUUUUAGAGGGGCAUCUCGUGCCCAGGUUCUUUCUGACACCUUGGCAAAGAAUCAUGGAACUAAACUGACCCCAGGAGUUCAUUUUUGCAGCUACAGGGAGAAAUUUAUUAGUCUGUAUUGCCGCCUUUCUGCUGUUGUGGAGUUAGAUUCUCUGAAUACCCAACAGUCCCUGAGGGAAGCAAUCUCAGACAGCGAGGUUGCAGCUGCCAAACAAAGACACCAGCAGGUUUUAGAUUUCAUUCAGCAAAUAGAUGAAGUUUGGCGUGGAAUGAGAUGGAUCAUGGAUGCUCUACAGUAUGCAAGAUACAAACAACCAGUUUCUGGUUUACCCAUCACUAAGCUGAUAGACCCCUCAGAUGAGCAGAACCUAAAGAAGAUCAAUUCUACAUCAUCACAUACAGACUGUCUUCCAUCCCCAUCCCCAUCCCCAGAGAUGCACAGAAGAAAGGCAGUGAGUGAUUCACAGCCCUGCUCCGAUGAAGAAGGCUGCUCAGAAGUCUUCCUCCCUACCGACAGCGACUACGACUCCAGCGACGCCUUGAGCCCCCGAGACCUGGACCUGGUCUACCUGUCGUCGCACGACAUCGCCCAGCAGGCCCGAAGCGGCCUCAGCGGCAGCGCCCCCGACGUCCUGCAGGUGCACGACAUGAAGACUCCCUUGGGGCCGAGCCAGGAUGCCCAGCGCCGGGGCCCGGGGCCGGAUCCCGACCACGCGUGUGCCGAGUGCCUCCACAGCCUCAGCCUCACGGGCUUCGCAGCCAAGAACCACGCCAAGAUGGCGCCGGGCGCGCGGCCGCCGCUGGGCUUCCUGGGAAAGCGGAAGCCGGCCAAACACCCGCACUACGGCGGCUUCAGCCGCCACCACCGCUGGCUGCGCAUGCACAGCGAGACGCAGUCGCUGUCGCUGUCCGAGGGCGUCUACACGCAACACCUGUCCCGGGCAUGUGUUCUGACCCAGGAGCCCAGGGAGGCCGAACAGCUCAGACCUGCCCCUGAUGGGCCGCGAGGCGUGGCUCUGGCACACGCUGCGAGCCUCCCUGAGGAGCGGAAGAGCAGCUUUCAGGACCCGAGGCCUUCGGUCCGCCGCAUCUACGUGGAGCCCUACCCUGCCGCCCUGGUGGACGCAAAGCCCUGGGCCGGCUUGAGCCCGGCCCCUGGAGGCCACUCCCGCCUGCCCAGCCCCUCGGGCCCAGAGAUGAGCCCGGAGGGUCCCACCACCUCCCCAGUGUCAGAAAUACUCAGCAGCAUGCUUUAGGGAGGUCCGCAACUGGCUGUCGACGUUCCACAGCAAGUCCCUGCAUCUUCCAUCACCCUACCCCAUGCCUGCCCCUACCGUGUCUCCAUCCAUUUUCAAAUGGUUUGAAUGUUAAGAAUCUAAAGGUUA